AGCAGGUGUCCAGUCGUGCGUUUAAAUCGCGACCGUCCACGAAGCUGAAGCUUGCAGAAUGGAGACCAUGUGGUAGAGAAGCCGGCCAGGGACCCCCUUUAGAAGCAAGCCAUCCUCCUACUACCAGCGGAUAGCUGUGCAAAGGCUGCCUACCAGUUACAAACUACAUGCAUGUAGUUAAUGCAGUGAAAUGCUAACAUUGUACUCUUCUGUCUGAGUUUCAGUCCACUUCACCAUUCCUGGGAUAGGACAGGACCGAGUGCUUAGGACUAGUAAGAGAGCUAGACAUGGACUAACAACUGUGGGUGUACAUGUGCAUAUACAGAUAGUAAAGCGAACUCCCUGUGCAGCAAAGUAUAUUCAAUCACCGUGGGUUUUGCUAUCACAGUGAAUGGUAGAAUCAGAUCCGAUCCAGUAGGAUGUGGUAUAAUUACGUAGUUCCACUAAUUUAAUCAGAGAGAGAAGUCCUACCAACGCUGUCACAAUGUCUACCAAGGUCACAAGAUCAGUGUGUUAUUUCUUGUUCAGGGUGCUAUUGCCAUUUACUCUGCUUGCCGCUGUACUGUUGCGCUACAAUGCCUUGUCAUUCCUCUACCUCAUCUGCCUGCUGUUUGCCCCACUCCUACGGAGCCCCACUGCAUCCUCUUUGGCUGGUUCCACUGGGCAUUACCUGAAAGCUGUGAUUGUAGUCAGUUCCUUGACCAUCCUGACCAUGGCCAUUUUUCAGUUCACCUUACUGGGUCUUCAGUCAGAUGACCAGCCUUAUGGCAGUGACUUUCCCAACUGCUCAACAGAUGAAAAGAUUGCUCGCCAGUUUGGUGUUCAAAGGUUUGAUGGCGUUCCAGCUGUACACAUUGCCAGGCUCAUUGUCCCAGAUGUUGUGGUGCUCAUUAUUGCCAUUGUGGUGUUUGUCGUCAGCAAAAAACUCCUUCAAGGCGACAGCCAACAGACAGAGCAAGUACUCCCUGUAACAAGGUUGCGGAAACGCCGCGCCAGUGCCGUUUCUGUGUUCAUGGGGGAGUUUAUCUUGGUCACACUUCUCGCUGCGAGUGGAGUUAUCCUGCCCUCUCUUCUCAACGCUCUCUACUUCGUGGUGUUUCUGGCUUUGGCCACGUGGUGGUCUCUGUACAAAUCACUGGGUCAGAAGUUUGCAUAUCUGAGAAUUGCCAUGACAGUGUACACAGCCUUACACCUCAUUGUGCUUUACCUGUACCAGUUUGAGUUUUUCCAGGAUGCUUUACCCCACACUGAUGAAUGGGCCAGGCUAAUCGGGCUAACUGGUAUAAUGCAGACAGACUGUAUGAAGCCUUGGGCAGCAGAGUUCCAUGAGAACAUACCCUGGCCACACUUUGUCAAUCCAGCCAUUUUGUUGUUGUUGUACUGGAUGUUAGGUUUUGAGUCCAGGCGCUGGAAACAUCAGAAGACGGAUGUUAUUGACAGUGUCGAAAAUCCAGUCAGAGAAAAACGCCGGAGACGCAAACACCGUAAAAAAGGGUCUGAGCGCCAGGUACUGGAUGCGUCUGGACUGGAAGAGAGUCUAGUGGGAGAAGAAGGAAACCCAAACUACAACACUCUGGAGCCAUCAGAAAGCGAGACAAAGCAUCUGGACACUGACGAAGAAGAUGGUGGACCAGGAGUGAGCAGGAAACCAAGGGGAGAUAAGCGAUCCGGUCUAAUCUCCUUUUUGGUGUAUGCCAUGAAACAAAGCUAUGUUCUAGCUCUCAUUGCCAUGAUGGCCUGGAGUAUCACCUACCACAGCUGGCUGACAUUCGUGUUGUUAUUAUGGGCAUGUAUCUUGUGGAUGGUGCCCAGUUCUCGCCGUGCUUGUCUCUACUGCUCACCCCUUAUCGUUAUCUAUGCCGAGGGUCUCCUCAUCAUUCAAUUCAUCUACGGUCUGGACUUUGACGGUUUGCCUAAAGAUGUUGGAGGGUACAACCUGGAAGAAGUGGGUUUGAAAAAGUACACCUAUCCCUGUUUGCAGCUAGCUCCACAGAUAAUUUUCACUCUGAUGUUUUGGCUGACUUUGCGCCAGUUUAUGCGAGAGCGCAAAAUUUGGCAAGAUGAGCACAAACAACAGGGCGUGCCAUUGGAACAGGUGAACUCUGAAACUUUGACAACAAUGGCACCAACACGUUCCUUUAGAGAGUUCCUGAACCGACCGCUGAGUGUACAAGGAGAUAACAUGGAUAUGGUGGACGGCUACGAUAGUACUACAUCAAAACUCAUAGGUCACUAUGUGUGGAACUUGUUGUGUAAGUACUGGAUAUUUGUGUGUGCCACAAUGAUGCUGCUGAUUUCCAUCUCUGAUGUGGUCCUCUACCGUCUCCUCUACAUGGCCCUGCUGCUCUACUUUGUCCUCACCUUCCAGAUAUGGUACUGGUGGUGGAGGAAGACGAUGUACCUGUUCUGGUGGAUAGUGAUACUCUACUCCAUGGUUGUGCUGGCCAUUAUCUACACCUACCAGUUCCCAGCCUUCCCGGAUCUCUGGCGCAACAACACAGGCUUUACCGACGAAAUGUUACGUGAUAUCGGCCUUGAACAGUACGACACAGCGGGUCUGUUUGUCAAACUCCUCACACCGACCAGUUUCCUGAUCAUCAUUAUCAUCCAGGUGCACUAUUUCCACAAACCUUUCCUUGCCAUCAGUGACUUGAAUCGUUACAGCAAAGUGAUGGACGAUGAUCCUUUAGCAGAUGAACCAGUGGCUACAGUAAUGGAUGAAACAACUACAGAGGAUACUGGGAUGACAUCUGGCACAGACACCGAACAUGAGAGUCGUAAACUCAAGCGCUAUAAGAAGCAGCUACGUCAGAUCUUUGAUCUGGUGUGGAAUAAAGCGAGCUCAUUGUGGGCCGUGGUGUCCGAACUGUUGUGGAGAGUUUUGGAGAUUCACAUCUUCAAAAUUGUUGUGUUCACUGUCUUCCUCGUGUGUGUUAAUGAGGUAUCCGCAAUCAGUGCCGUGUAUGUGAUACUUGUCGCAGUGUUCCUGCCGCUGCCAACCCUCCAUCGCCUCAUGUCACACAUUGCGCAGCUGUAUACAGCUCUUGUACUCCUCUCAAAAAUGGCCUACCAGUUACACAUGGUUGACCCCAGCAUGUGGUACUCCAAUUGCACGAUGGAGGAUAAUGACACUGUGAUUGAGUAUGAUAAAUACCCAUUCAACCAGACGAUAAACAGCAUCUGGCUGGGACUGGAGAAGACAGACUAUAUUGCAGAUUACAUCAAGAAUUAUAUUGGCAUAUUACUCCUGUUGUCCUGGGAAGCCAUUAUUCGUUAUCGUCAGGAGCAGAGGUUCAACAACCCCAGGGUGACAAGGCCCAAGUCUGGCAUUAUUUUUGCUAACAUUCGCCGUGAAGAUGCAGACAACAGCCUGCUGGAUUGUGUGAAUCUUAGCCAACUACUGUUUCAUAAAUAUGGCCUAGAGCUGUGUUACAUCAUGUUUGCAAUUGCCAUCUGUGUACGAGUAGAUGGGUAUGCUGUUCUCUAUGCUAUUCUCCUGGGCAUCUUGCUGUGUGCUAAUCGUCGUGGUAACGCCUAUCUGUGGUGGUUCUACACCUUGUUACUGUCCAUCCUGCUGCCUCUACAGUACUGCUCCUCUCUCGGAUUCCCUCUAGGUCUUUGUAUAGACUACCCAUGGGAUGAGCCCAAUGUGAUGGAUUGCAACCUGGAGAAAUGGCUUUUCCUACCUGAUUACAUUGAACGUCCAAACCCAAAGAAGCUAGUGGCGGACUUUUUCCUCCUGUUGUUCGUGUGUCGUCAGGCCCGAGUGUUCUUCAUUGAAAUGUCGUCUUCCCGUAUUGAGGAGUAUGGUGGUGGUGAUAACAAGGACAUCUUACCAGAGGUGGAGGCUAACACAGAGAUACCUGUGCCAGAUUUCACUGGCACCUUCAAAUCGUACCUGGAUGUGCUGAAGUACUUUGUGUUCCUCUACAUGUUCUGGGUGACACUCGCCAUUGUUUUCCUGACUGGUACCUUGAGGAUUAACCUCUUCAGUAUGGGAUAUGUUAUUGCUGUGUUCUGCUUUAUGUGGUAUGGCCAGGAAUUCCUCCUCAAGCCUCUGCGCAAACUCCUCUGUAUGUGGAACAUCUUGAUUGGCUACACCUUUUUUGUUCUCUUUUCUAAAGCUUGUCUUCAGUUGGUGGGCUGUGUGUACAUCACACACCUGUACUCUGACUACUGCUGGGUUAUCCAGUUGUUUGGGAUCACCUGUCUGCAUUCAGACUCUUCCUAUAAACCAACGUCCCCAUCAUCUACCUGUAAGGUGGAGCAUGACAACACAGGGCUCACCUGGGACGUCAUCUGCUUCUUCUUCCUCAUUUUCCAGAGACGAAUCUACCACUGUCACUAUUUCCGUCAUGCCGUGACUGAGUUUGAAGCCUGGAAUCGACUCGCUUCGAGGGGUGCUUACUUCAUCAAUCGGGUGUUGACACGUGAAAUUCAGCGACAGAAGAAGCUUGAGAGGGCUGUUCUGGAAAACAUCAAAUCCAAGAUGGCCAAGAUCAAGGAAAAGCAAUCCAAACUGAGCAAGAAGAAUUUUGUGGAGCCAGAGGAGCAUUUCCAGACGAUCCGGUCAGGUGACUAUUACAUGUUUGAAGACGAAGAUGAAGAUGAUGACAAGGUAGAAACGGCUGAGGAAUCGGCAGACAGCCUGUCCGUUGGGAAGGACCCUAAGGAGGGGGAGCAAAGCCCCACCCCAUUCCAGCUGAUCUCGACGGCCCUGGAUUCUGGAACUAAGCGUGCUGUGGACCAGGCAAGGGCAGCAGAAGAGGAUGGAACCCUGAGUGAACGUAGCUCCUAUAAGAGUAGCUACUCUGUGGCCCCAGACGGAAGUCUUAUUGAUAGUGGCGAUGCGUCUAGUCCUACUUCCCCCGAGGCAUCUGUAAAACGCCGAAAGAAGAAAAAGGGUGAUGGUUCUACAGUUAGCCUGCCCAAGGAGAUCCCCAAAACAGAGGAGGAGGAAGUUGUAGAGGAGGAUGACGAAACUGCUAUUGACACUGGGAGAACAUGGUGUCAGUUUUUUCUUGCCCUGAUCAACAGCUUUGUGGACUUUGUUAUUCACGUCUUUAACAAGAUCUCAUGGAGCUACCGGUUUGUGGCCAAGAAACUGGAAUCAGAAAUGGAAGAUGUUAAGCGAAGAAUUAAGGGGAGUAAGAAACAAAUGACGAUGCAUGAGGACACCCCCCCAGGACUGCUUUCAGAUGAGGAGGAGCCAGAUGGUGCUAUAGGAGACGAUCUGGUUGAGAUACAGGUGUCUUCUAUUGGAAGUGACCAGAAACCAGAGGAGGCAGAUUCUAAGACAAGCAGUCUUUCUGAUCUGGAACUGGCCCACGCUGAAGCAGAGGACAAAUUUGACCAGAGCAAACCUCGUGCGUACCGCCUGUUGGAAGCAACCUACUUCAUGAUUAUUUCCCGGUCUGAACUUGUCUGUUACUUCAUCAUGAUCCUCAACCAGCUGACGUCGGCAAGCCUUCUCUCUCUGCCCUACCCCUUCAUGGUGUUCCUCUGGGGCAUGCUGUCCGUCCCCCGCCCGUCCAAGACCUUCUGGAUCACUGUCAUCACGUACACAGAGGCUGUUGUUGUUGUGAAGUACUUAUUUCAGUUUGACUUCUUCCCAUGGAAUGAUGCCGCAUUCCCCAACCCUUUUUGGGCACCAAGGAUUCUGGGCAUUGAGAAACGGUCAAACUAUGCCACGUGUGACUUAGCUCUGCUGUUGGCUUUGUUCAUCCAUAGGUUAAUUCUCAAGAGAUAUGGCUUGUGGAAAGAUGCGGACAUUGUGGAGGACAAAACCCAGGUCAAUCCUGAAACAGAGCCCACUGAUGACAAACAGGAACUUGUGGAGUAUAGUGGAGGUCAGCCGUUAGAGGAGGGUGAGAUAGACGCGAUAAAACCAGAAGAGGAAGGUGACCAGAAGAAUGACCAGACCGAGGGAGCAGCGAAGAAGAAGUUAAGUGCCUGUGUGAAACCGUUCAAGGACUUCUACAGGGGCAUAACUAGCUCUGAGUAUAAUGCUACUACAGAUGUAUACGCACCUAUGUUCAUCUGUGACUUCAUCAACUUCCUCAUACUGGUGUUUGGAUACCAGUCAUUCGGACCAGCCCAAUCAUCAUCUGGGGAUGUGUCAUCUUAUUUGUCAGAAAAUAGGGUUCCCGUCCCAUUUCUUGUGAUGUUGCUGGCACAGUUCAUGCUCAUCAUCAUUGAUCGUGGACUGUUCCUGCGUAAAAACGUCCUUGGCAAGUUUAUUUUCCAAAUCCUUUUGGUGAUACUGAUCCAUGUCUGGCUCUUCUUUAUUUUACCUGCAAUCACAUACAGGAGUUUCACACAGAAUACUGCUGCCCAGCUGUGGUAUUUCAUCAAGUGUGUGUACUUUGCUCUGUCGGCUUAUCAGAUCAGAUCUGGGUAUCCUACUCGUAUCCUUGGCAACUUCCUCACCAAGAAGUACAACUACCUCAAUCUGUUCCUCUUCAAAGGAUUCUUGGCCAUCCCCUUCCUGCUGGAGUUACGGGCCCUGAUGGACUGGAUGUGGACUGACACCACCCUCACCAUAGGCAGCUGGCUGCAGAUGGAGGACAUCUAUGCUAACAUAUUUGUGCUCAAAUGCUGGAGGCACGCAGAAGCUAAAUACCCUACUCCGCGUGGUAAUCGUAAGCGACCGUUGAUCAAAUAUAUAGUUGGUGGACUGUUGCUUGCUGUCGUCAUCCUGAUAAUCUGGUUUCCACUGGUUCUCUUCUCCUUCGCCAACACUGUCUAUGUCUCCAACCUCCCAUCAGAGUGUUCCGUCUCCAUCAGGCUAGGUGGCUACGAGCCAAUUUUCACAACCACUGUUCAGCUGACCACGAAAGACUCCCUGACAGAAGUGGAGUAUGAAAAUCUCAAAUCUCACUACAUCGACAACAGGGAUGCGCUGUCUUUCUUGACUUCUAAUAAGGCAGAAGAUGUCACCAAGGUAAUCAUCAGUGGUCAGUCUACAGCCGUGUGGGCAAUCAGUCCACCAAGCAUGCAAGAACUCAAGGCACAGGUCAACAGCACUGAGCCAAUCAAAGUGGAAUAUUCCGUCUCCUUCAGAAGGGAGCCGGAGACAGGUGAUGUGUCGGAGAGUAUAGGAGCACAGUACACGCUAUGGUUGUCCCCUACGGCUCGGUCCACACUCAGACAUGUGCUGGCUGAUGUGAAUCGGACCACCACGGAGAGAGUCGUAAUUAAAGACUUGUUCCCGCGUUAUUUGCGACUGGGCUCAAAAGGUCAAGCCAAGCCCUUGGGCAUUCUGCGGGAAGACUUGAGUGAUGUGUCUAUUCAGUUGAUGCGUGGGCAGUUUGAGGGGAUGUUAGACGAAACUGAAUGGUGGAAGGUCAGGGAAAGACGUGGUCCAGACAUAUUUGACCCCCAUGAGCCACAGAACCCUGAUUUCUACAACAACAUCACGAUGAUAGCAUUUAACGACCGCGUGGCGCCAGCGGGCUUUGCUUCUUUGGUUGGCUACGGCAUUAUUGGACUCUACGUGUCCUUCAUUCUGUUGAUUGGUCGUUUUUUGCGUAUGGGCACAUCCGGCCUGUAUCAAAACAUCAUGUUCCUGCAACUGCCUUUCGUGGACCGUAUUUUACGUCUGUGUAUGGACCUGUACCUUGUUCGAGAGAUGAAGGAAUUCCGUUUGGAGGAAGAUUUGUUGGCACGCCUCAUCUUCCUCUAUCGCUCGCCGGCUAUGAUGAUUCAAUACACACGGCUCCCCAGAGAUCUCAUCAUCACCAAAAAACUUGAUAACCUUCAUCAUUUCACUUUUUUUGUGCUUUUUCUUUCUUUCAGUAUACUAGGUUUGUAUCUGUCCUUUGUCAUUGUCAUUGGGCGGUAUGUGCGUGUGUUCGUGUGGGGCGUCUCAGACCGGAUUAUGUUCUUGGAACUGCCUUAUGUUGACAAAGUCUACCAGAUCUGCAUUGACCUGUACCUUGUCCGAGAAUGCAGAAACUACAUGCUGGAAGAGGACCUCUUUGCCAGACUGAUCUUCUUGUAUCGGUCACCAGAGACGAUGAUAAAGUAUACCAAAUUCAAAACGUCAUGACAAAUCUCGAAUUCCAGAACUUUCUAGCAUUAGAAGUAUUAGCAACUUGGGUACACAUUGAAAUCCACAUAUUUGUAUGUGUAAAUUUAUGUAUUAAAAUGAUGUAUAAAAAGUAAGUUAACAGCUUGAGAAUUGGUAGUUACAAAUAAUGUAAAAUUAUAGUGGCAGUAGUUUUAGUUACAAUUAAAUGUAAAAUUAUAGUGGCAAUAGUUAUAGAAGAAUGAACAGAACAUGCAUGGAGUUCAUCAUGGAUUUUGUUUUGGGUCAAAAAUUACAGGUGAACAGGUUAUGUGUUGAAGCUAUUACUUCUUGUGCAUUUGUUUUCAGUUUUCAGGUAUGCACCUACAUGCAAGUGCUAUAUAAUAAGAAGCCAUUUUAUGUUAUAUACCUGUCCUAUGGCAUCAGUUUCUUUGGUCUAGUUUUAAUACUAAAUUUGGGAAUCAUGAAAUCAAAUGUAACCGUAAAACAACUGUGUUCCCAGACUUUCCUUCUGUAGAAAAUAGGUCACAGUGUACAACAUGUGUGUAACCUUUAUGAAAAUGAGUUUGUUGAAUAUCAUGGAACAAUUUGUACUUAUGUGUUAAGUAUGUUUAUUUGACUGAUUUUUCCUGAUGUACAUUGUACAUGUAUGAACUCCACAGAUUUGGAAUUUGGAUUUGUAUGAAGAUGAAAAUGACGUAUCAGGGUAUUAUUGACACGCUUUAACACAGCAGUGUUCUGUGUGGGACUGAAGAUCGAUGCAACACCACAGUGGUCUGUUUAGAACUUCAGAUUGAUGUUUUCAGCCAAGAAAUUCCUGGGAAAGCUGAUUGUCAUGACUGACAGAAAGUUGUAGCCUACAUGGUUUCUGUUGGUGAUACCUGUAGCGUACAUUGUAGAUGUAUCCUCCGUGUGGUCAUGUAAGAUGUACAGCUGUAUUGAUAAUUAGUGGGCCUGUCUGACAAAGCUCUCACGGCAAGAACAUUAACCAUGGUGAUGUUUCUCUUAACUGCAUGUUGCCAUGCACAUCACGCCAGGCUCAUGAUGUGUCUCCUUGUAAGCCGGGCCCCAAAUGUCUGUUGUUAUCUGUUGUUGAGAAAUCCAGAGCACUC